CAGCACGGAGUUUCAUGGCCCUCAAGCGAGAGAGUGAGUUGAAACUUCGCAGAUCCCUCUCGAAUAACGCUGUUAGCGAACUCUGCGUUUCCCCAAAAAAGAAAGCCCUCACUUUCCCAUUUUCUCAGGUUCAACAAUGGCGAGCUUUUUUUGGUUUUUUAUCUUCUUGGCUUUGGGGAUCAGUUCUCAGGCUCUCUUCGCCCAAAAAAGCCGAAAAGAAUUGAGGGGCAAGGAGGUGAAUGGGGAUGACACUGUAAAGUUGGGCCAUUCUAAUAGAUUUGAUCCCUCACAAGUCGUUCAACUCUCGUGGCGACCAAGGGUCUUCUUGUAUAGAGACUUUCUCUCAGCAGAAGAGACUGAUCACUUAAUCUCCUUGGUGCAUGGCAAGAGAAAUAGCUCCACAAGUGAUAAUGCUUCAUUGGGUGGGGAGAAGUUUCCAACCAUGGGUAUUCCUUUAGAUGCGGAGGAUCCUACUUCCUCAAGGAUUGAAGAAAGGAUCUCGGCUUGGACCUUUCUGCCUAAAGGAAAUAGCAGGCCAUUGCAUGUUCUGCGUACUGGGCGUGAGAAUUUAAAGGGGAAUUAUGGUUAUUUUGACGGGGACUCCGCACUUAAAUCCAAAGAACCAUUAAUGGCAACCAUCAUUUUGUACCUAUCAAAUGUGACGCAUGGUGGUCAGAUCCUCUUCCCUGGUUCGGAGAACAAGAUCUUGUCCGACUGUAUCAAGAGUAGUGACACCUUGAAACCAACGAAAGGAAAUGCAAUCCUGUUCUUCAAUGCUCACCUUGAUGCAUCUCCUGACAGGAGUAGCUCCCAUGCGAGAUGCCCUGUUAUUGAGGGUGAAAUGUGGUAUGCAAUCAAAUUCUUUUAUCUCAGAAGUAUUACUGUACAAAAGGAUCCACUACAAUCGGGUGAUGACACCAAUUGUACAGAUGAGGAUGAUAACUGUGCUCAAUGGGCUGCUACUGGAGAGUGUGAAAGAAAUGCUGUUUUUAUGGUUGGUUCUCCUGAUUAUUAUGGUACAUGUAGGAAAAGUUGUAAUGCAUGCUAAUUCUUCAUGUAAUGUUAUAUGUACCUUAACUGGUUUUGUUUUUGACAAAACAUCUUCUCAUUAUAUCUCUUUUCUGUUUUCUUUUUGCCAA